CGAGCAGGUUGUAGUUGCUGCCAAACAGAGCGAGCACGACAGUAAAAGGUAAACAGCACACGGAGUACAUCCUCGCUGAUGACGAUGAGGCGCUGCCUGACGCUGCUGGCCCUCGCGGGGUGCCGCGCCUUCCUCCCUCGCCCACCACUGAUAACGAGGCUGCGGCCCCUCCGUGAAAGUGCUGGAGACGACUUCCUCGAAAGCCUGUUCGAGGAGGCCGACCAGCGCGUGGUCGAUGACACGCCCGACCGGCCGCCGCGCAAUUACGAUGCAGCUCCGUACGCGGAGCACGACUACGAGCGCGCGCAGGACGACGACGGUAGUAGUGUAGACGUCGCCGCCGUCGACGCGUUGUUGGCGGAACGCGUGCAGAUGAAAAGACGUAGGCUGUUCGACGAAGCGGACGCGAUUCGAGACGAACUCCAGAGAGUGCAUGGUGUCUCAGUAUGGGAUCGGGAAAGAGUGUGGAGAACGGGCCGCGGCGGCGGUCGAAACCAGAGGCAGCGCGGCCCUCCUAGAAGCUUACCGGCGUGCGGCCACGAUUACGAAUGCGGCAACUCCGAUUCAUCCCAAUCGGGGAUGGGUGUGGACGAGAUCGACGCUAUUUUGGCCGAGAGACUACAAUGUAAGUUCCGGCGGGACUUCCAGCGGGCCGACGCGCUGCAGGAGGAGCUUUUUAGUAUGGGCGUCCGCGUCCACGACGGCCUGAAGUUGUGGCGCGACGAUGGAGGCGGAUUUGGCGACGAAAUGGGCCGGAACGCGAAAGCAGGCCGACAGAGAAACUCGAGACAAGAUCGCGCGACGUACACGAUGGAUCCCGACAGUGACGACGUCGAUGACGACGAAAAAAUAGAAAUCGAGAAGUUAGUGGCGCAACGACUCGAAGCGAAAUUUGAGAGAGACUACGCGACGGCGGAUCAAAUCCGGGAGCAGCUGCAGAAUGAGUAUGACGUCAAAGUGGACGACCGGAAACGGAAGUGGAUGGUCGGCGAUCGGCCGUUCCGCGGCGCGCCGGACCUGAACGCUCCUUAUACGAGGAGAGGUGGUGGUGAUGUCGAGGAUGUCGCGAAGGUCGAGGAGUUGGUGGAAGAAAGAGCAGAUGCUAAAGCUCGGCGCGACUAUGCCGCGGCCGACGCGAUCCGGGACCAGCUCAACGCGAUGGGGAUAUCUGUGGAUGAUCGCUCAAGGGAGUGGCGCGUGGCGGACGCGCCCUACGCUCGCGCGCGCGGCGACAGUGCGUCUGUUGAUGUCGCGACUGUUGAGGCGCUCGUGGCUGAAAGAUCAAGCGCUAAAAUAGCAGGGGAGUACGACACGGCGGACGCGAUCCGCGACCGGUUACGCACCGAGUUUGGGGUUUCUGUUGACGAUAGGGUGAAGGAGUGGGUCGUGGACGGAAGGCCGGCGGCCGCGCCGGCGGCGCCGGCGCCCGUCGUGGACGACGAGCCCUUCGUCGUCGUGGACGCGCCUGCCGCAGAAGAGCCCGCCGCGGCCGCCGAGGAGGCACCAGCCGGCGGGCAGAGCGAGGAGGAGCUCAGCGCCCUCACGGUACCGGCGCUCAAGGACCUCUGCCGCGCGGCGGGCUUGAAAGUUGGCGGGAAGAAGGCGGAGCUGGUCGAGCGCAUUCUGCGGGGGAGUAAUUAGAUUGAUUCGGA